AUGGACGGAGAUUGGGAUGAGGUCGUCCGGAUUCAAUUCCCGCCCCCGGGCGUCCACGCACUGCCAUCGGCGGUUACAACAAUGACUUUCGACACGUCGCAAGAGCUUCUUUGGACGGGUAACGAAUACGGCCGGGUUUCUUCUUUCUACGGGACCGAGUUGCAACGAUACACCUCCUUCAAGGCCCAUCUGACUGUUGAUGGUGCAGUUCGGCAAAUAUUGGUCAAUGACAAAGGUGUUAUCGUGCUUGGCUCAAAGGAUGUCCACAUGGCACAGAGGAGAGGCCCUCCGUUAUGGCAUAUAAGACAUGAGGAUAUGAAAGACCUACGGUGCAUGAGCUUUACAUCCAAGGGGACAUCGGAAAUCAUCGUUGCUGGACUCCAGGACAAGAUGUUUGUCAUCGACCUCACUAAGGGUGAAGUCAUGAAACAGGUUCCAACGGAGCAUCAAUAUACAAUAAUGAGGCGGAGUCGAUAUAUCUGCGCUGCCACCAAGAAUGGUUCAGUCAACCUCCUGGAUCCUGUCAACUUUUCAGUCAUUAAAUCUUGGAAUGCGCACUCGGCCUUGAUCAACGACAUGGAUGCUCAGCAUGAUUUUAUUGUGACAUGUGGAUUUUCUCUUAGACAAGGGCAGAAUUUUGUUCUCGACCCCUUUCUCAACGUUUUCGAUAUCAAAAAGAUGUCUUCUAUGCCCCCAAUUCCUUUCCCGGCAGGCGCUGCGUACGUUCGUAUGCAUCCUAGAAUGCUCACCACCAGCAUAGUUGUCUCGCAAAGUGGACAAAUGCAUAUUGUGGACUUGAUGAAUCCGAACACUAGCAAUGUUCGACAAGCUAAUGUCUUGACAUACUUGAGCAUGUUCGAGAUCGCACCAUCGGGAGAAGCCAUGGCUUUGACUGACGCCGAGUGCUUCAUCCAUCUAUGGGGUUCACCAUCCAAGCUCCAUUUUGUCGAUCUUCCCGGGCCCAUUGAUUCAGCAACACCUGAGGAGCCUAUCCCACAGAUUGAAUGGACCCCAGAAACUCCCUUGAAUUCUAUUGGUCUUCCUUAUUACCGCGAAGUCCUAGCAUCAGCAUGGCCAGGCCUAAUAUGCGACAUUGGAGCCCCUCCCGUCAAGUUCGACAGUCAAUUUUUGUCCGGUUUGAAACCCGCAGAAUUCGGGCUCUAUGGUCGAAACUCUCGCGGUCUGCGAAGAAAUCAGGCCGAGAAGACCCGUGAUAUGGACAAAGUCGCCAAUUCAGGCUUGAAAGCACCAAAAUUUCUCAGUGAGAAGGCUCGCGAAUCAGCUCAGUCAAGGGUGACAGCUUUCGAUGAUAAACCGGAUGAGCUCUCUAACACCGGUGCCGAAUCGUCCAAUGAGAGUAAAAAAUCGGAGGUGCCAGUCAUGUAUCGAAAUGUCGAAAUCAAGUACAGCAAAUUUGGAGUUGAUGAUUUUGACUUUGGCUUCUAUAAUAAAUCCCGUUAUUCUGGUCUCGAAAUCCAUAUCUCAAAUUCCUACGCCAACUCACUACUUCAGAUCCUACAUUUCACCCCUCUCAUACGAAAUUUAGCCCUUCAGCACACUGCAACGGCCUGUAUCAGUGAAAUAUGCUUACUAUGCGAGCUUGGAUUUUUGUUUGACAUGCUGCAAAAAGCCGAGGGCUCUAUCUGCCAGGCGACUAACUUAUUGAAGACUCUGAGCAGUCACCCGCAAGCUGGCCCGUUGGGAUUGCUAGAGGAAGAUCCACACGGUUCGUCCCUCAACGUGAUGCUGCAAGGCUUAACACGAUUUCUCUUGGACAAAAUCGUCCACGACUUCAAAUCAAUGGCGCCCUCGCCGGUUACAAUGGAGCAGGUUCUAUCUACUGCUGCUACGAGUUCAAUUAGAUGUAUGAACUGCCGUAGCGAGUACACUCGACCCGGUUCGACAUUUGUAAACGAUUUGCUGUAUCCGUCUAUUAAAACUCCAGGCAGGACUACGAAAAUGCCAAGGAUAACAUUUUCAGAAGUCCUGAAGAGCAGUGUUGAACGAGAGACCACUUCCAAAGGCUGGUGCAGCCGAUGUCAGCGGUAUCAGACGAUAGCUACACGAAAAACCGUUCACAGCAUCCCGGCUGUCAUGAUGCUCAAUACUGCGGUAACAAGCCAAGAUCACAGAAUGCUUUGGUCUACCCCGGGGUGGUUGCCCGAAGAAAUAGGCAUCAUUGUAGAGCAAGGACAAUUCUUCUGCUAUGAAGGGGAGGAUUUGAAGCUGCACUUGCAAAGAGGGAUCCACAACAUUACAGUGUAUUCUUUGGUGGGCAUGGCCAUCAACAUUGGUAGUGGCCAAGUUCAGAAACCUCAUCUUGUGGCCAUGGUGAACGUUGCACAUGCUGAGCCACAGGCACCAGCCCAGAGCCAGUGGCAUCUAUUCAAUGAUUUCCUUGUUCGCUCUGUAAGCACAGAGGAGGCUCUCACGUUUAACUCUUCAUGGAAAAUCCCCUCAGUUUUAGCCUUCCAGAUGAAAGAGGCCAACAACAAAAUCGAUACCGACUGGAAACAGCAUCUUGACACCUCCCUACUCUAUCAGGAUUUAACCCCGAUGCUGGACAUUGAGAACAGGACAUAUCAGACUCUCCGGCCGGAUACCGAGCGUCCUGGUCCGAACACAAUCAUCGCUCUUGAUACUGAAUUUGUUGCUGUCCGACAGCCCGAGAUUGAAAUGAACUCGGACGGCGAGCGGGAAACCAUCCGUCCCAUAGUGUACGCUCUCGCUCGAGUGUCUGUUGUUCGGGGUCAGGGUGAGGAUGAAGGAUUGCCUCUGAUUGACGACUAUAUCGCUAUAAGAGAGCCUAUUGUCGAUUAUCUCACCUCAUACUCGGGUAUUACCCAGGAAGACCUGGACCCUCGGAUAUCCAAGCACAGCCUGCUACCGCUAAAAAUAGCCUACAAGAAGCUCUGGAUUCUCCUCAACCUUGGUUGCAAGUUUCUGGGUCACGGUCUCAAACAAGACUUUCGAGUCAUCAACAUCCACAUUCCCAAGGUCCAAGUUAUCGAUACCAUUGAUCUAUUCUUCCUAAAAUCGCGCCUUCGCAAGCUUUCCUUAGCCUUCUUGGCUUGGUACCUACUAAAAGAGGACAUCCAGAUGGAAACUCACGACUCAAUCGAGGAUUCUCGGACUGCGCUCAAGUUAUAUAGAAAAUACCUGGAGUUUGAAGACGCUGGCAUCCUCGACGCAAUGCUGCAGGAUAUAUACCGUGCAGGCCGAGAUGUAAAUUUCAAGCCACCUAGGAAGGAUGACCAGGGGAUUAAGAGGACUGACACGCCUCCGCUGCCAGUUGAGGGCGUGUCUGGACCAACCACACCUGCUAGGACGACACCGUCUGGAGUAGGCUUUGGGGGUGGAACGAACUGGACGCCCGGGAAGGGUUCUCCAAUGAGAUAA